AAGCAACCUGCCCGGUAUAGGGAGGGAUCAGGAGGUGAAGCUCACCUGGAUUUGAGGAAAACAUCAACAGGCGGCGGGGAAGCUGCAGAGCAACAGAGCACCUUCGCCAUUUUUAUCGCAGGCAGAGCGAACUCAGUUGCGGUGUUCUUUCUAGUUGUAUUCCGCUGUGACAGAACUAGCUGAUGGCGAGUAUCGGGCUGUCCGCGAGCGUCCCCCCCUCGGAGGAGAGGGCCGUGUUCACGCAGCUGAAGCCCGUGAGGAUCAUGUCCGGUGGGGACCCCGCCGCCGCCGCCGUGGCGGAGGACGCGUCCGUUUUCGAGGACGCGAAGCCGGCGGGCGUGAGGGGCGCGGCGAACCCGCUGGAGCUGUCCCAGACCCGGUUAGAGAUGGAGAAGUACCUGCCCCAGCAGGGUCCUCAGGCAAUCCCGGUUAUGAUGGACAAGAAGUAUAGACGGGAGAGUGCCUCUGUAGUGGACGAGUACUUCUCUGAGGAGAAACCCACCCCAUACAGUGUCAAUAUCAACCUGAUCCUGCCCAACACGACCCACCUGCGAACGGGUCUCUACCGUUCCACCAAGCCUCAUAUACAGCAAAUCAAGACAGAGCCUGGUGUGGACAUUCCAUGCUCCAUCCAGACGCUCCCCGACUUCACGUCUGUCUUCAGCAUGCCACAGACUGUGAACAGCCUUUUCACCAAGCCUGAUGUGGCAUCCGACGACAUCCACAUUGGCCCACAGCAUCCCCAGAUCUACCAGCUACCGGUCAGCAGUGGUGACCUCACAAUGCCUUUGUCCAGCAGUCAGUCAGGAAGCAGCAGCAGAAGCAUGCACAACCUCAACAGCGUCACUAUGACAACAGGAGCAGCUGGUUUCAUCAUGCCUGAGCACUUCUAUCCAUCUCCUCAGCCUCACAGCCUACCUCCCUCUCCACCCAACUCUCAGCCAGGAAGUCCUGAGAACCAGGUGGAGCCCAUCAACAUCCUCCCACCACCACCGCCCUACGAGGCCAGGGUAGGAGUUAAGAUGGCUCAGAUUCACCCCCAGUCACUGCUGAUGGGCCAGGGUGUCCUUACGGGACCUAAGUACAAUCGGCGGAACAACCCUGAGCUGGAGAAGAGAAGGAUCCACCACUGUGACUUCCCAGGAUGCGCUAAGGUUUACACCAAAAGCUCCCACCUAAAAGCUCAUCAGAGGACACACACAGGAGAAAAGCCUUACCGCUGUACCUGGGAUGGCUGCGACUGGCGUUUCGCCCGCUCGGAUGAAUUGACGCGGCACUACCGCAAGCACACUGGCGCCAAGCCCUUCAAGUGCGUGGCCUGCAGCCGCUGUUUCUCACGCUCCGAUCACCUGGCACUGCACAUGAAGCGGCACCAGAACUAGUGGGCAUUAUCCGCACCCCACAGACCCUUCGUGGGGUUGACUGACUUGUUUUAUAAUCUCUUCCCUUUUUUAUAAUUGCUUUUUAUGUUUUGUCUCGAAAAAGAUCAAAACGUUUCUACAUAUAAACAUGCUGCCAAUAUAUCAACAUCAAUAUAAGGUAUGGAUUUUCCAUACGGGGACUGCAAGCUUCUCGACAUGAUAUACAUAGCUCAGUAUGUAAAUAUUUCUUACGGAAGUUUUUAUCUGUGUGUGUUUCUUUAAAUACAAAGAAUGUACUACAACUUAUACUUGACUUUUUAUUAUUCUGCUGUAAAGAUUUCAUUCAAAUUAGUUUUUUAAUCUAGAACUGAUUAUUACUGGUUAUUGUGCUCUGGAAAUGUUCUCCAAUAUGAAUCAAGAAAUCAAAGGUUUUGGGGGACUUAAGAUCCCACCUUUGCAUCAGAGUUGCUUCCUAGUGGAAGGGGUCUGAUGUCUCUCAUGAUGUUCGGCAUCUGUCAGCACUGUUGAGUUGCUUUUCUUCUUGCAUAUAUGGCACUAGUCUCUAAGCUGUUGUUGGACCCUUAGCUGGUCCCUGACUGACCACCAUUCCCUUAUUGGUUUCAGUGAGUUUGUUGUGUGCCAAGAGAAAGACCCCUCUGCUGUUACUGUCCUCGCCUUCUUCUCACUCGCUUUAAACUUGCAUGUAUUAAGAGAAUCAUCUUGAGUCUGUUCCUUGUUUUAUGUCCUUGCUUCUUCUCUGAAGUUUCCUAAAUGUGAUUUCAUUUUAAGGUUUUCAUUCUUAACCAUCAGUGCACUGGAAUGUAGACAUUCAACAAAACUAUUGAUUUAUUUCCAUGUUGCUUAACCUGGUAGAUUUAAGAAAUAUAUUAAUUUAUUAGAAGACUUACCUUGUGUCUCAGAGGUUUCAAGAAAUUAUGUUCCAUUGGGUGUGGUCUUUGAAGUACCCAGUGCAUAACUUUGUAUUAGUGACUGUCUCAUUGUAAUGUGUAAAAAUGCAAUGUAACCAUAAGUUAUUGUACCUUAAUUUGUUAUGAACUACUUAAGAUAAUCUGUACAGCAUUAGGCUGGUCCCGAUCAAGCGCCGCUAGAGCAAUGUUUUUACUGGACUUAUGUGUACAAACAUUAGACCAUCUAUUUUUCUGGAAGGAUAAAGAGAAUGCUACAUUCUUUAUUAAAAUUUUCAAUUUUU